UGAAGGAUAUGCGGCUGACAAUAGUUAUGUUUGCCAUUUGGGACUGUCGAAACAAAUGCAGAUUUCAAUCUCAAAGGCCCAAUCUCGAUAAAGUCUUUUCGGAUCAUUCAGCUAGUUGGGGAUUUCUCUCAUGGCGUCAUGUUCCCCUCCAUACACAACAAGAAAUAUGUUUAUUUCCGACAGAUUUUUCCCACAGAAAAAUUUCCAUAAGAAUUUUUCAAAAAAAUGACGGAUCAUACAGACGGUCAAUUAUUUCAUCGGAAAGUUCACAUUUCUAACGAAUUAUACCGAUGGAAUGGGGAUCCGUUGGAAACCAAAAUUCCCCAAAACAAAAGACGACAACCCUAGCCAUCUGAAUCACUUGGUUUUUUUUUUUGCGUUCUUCUCCCCCUCCUACCCCAUUUCCGUCGUUGACGGAUACCACACCACAAGACCUUCACGGAUAGCAUACCACACCCUAAUUACUUUGUCGCAGUGACACCCAGUUGGUGGAGACAAAGUCGCCGUCGCGGCCUCUUCCAUUGCCAUUCAUGGAGGCAAAUUUGUUGUGUGGCGUCCAUUUUGGUUGCACAAAGUCGCUUGCUUUCCAUUCCAACAUUCAUUCAUUCACAACCUUCUCCUUAUGCUUACGUUUGCUGUCGUCCGGAAAGUUAGCCCUCACGAUGUUGCACCUACACCAUCUCCACCUCCGACUGAAGCUAGACCAUUUGUAUGUCAUCUUAAUGCACGUGGACUAUCCUCGGUACCUACAUCCACACCAUCCCCAUCGUUGGUUCAUGCACGUGGACCAUCCUCGGUACCUACAUCCACACCUUCCCCAUCCCCGGCUAUAGCCAACAUGCCUACAGAUGAAGAUGCUACAAAUUUGGCGAUGGAAGACCACCCCCUUAAUGAUUGUCCAAUGAUUAUGCUAAUAAAUGGAGCGUUCCAUCCAUCUAAGGUUCCAACAAAGGCUGUCUCCUUGUCCAUUAGGCAACAAUUUGGUCAGCCUUGACCUACUUGGGAGCAAUUCCAAAAGAUCAUCAGGAUCUUUUUUUCCCAUCGUUUUAAGGUAAAUUGUUCUUCUAUUAAUGAAUUAGUUCAAUGGUUGAAAUGGAUAUUAUGGCUGAUUUUUUAAUAUCAAAUUAUAAAAUUCCUAUUUUUCUAAUAUUGUAUCGUUUCAUGACUUUGUUAUACUUUAGAGAAAAUUGGUCUGGAGACCCGAGGAAGAGAAUGAAAUUAAAAAAAAAAACUUUUAACUCGAAAGCAUCUCAUAGACUUUCUGAGAUGUUUAGGGAUGCUUGAAAUGAAAAUAAAAGGUCAUAUUGGAUUGGAGGUCAUAUUUGGAACGAUCUGUUAUCACGUUAGUUUGUACCUGAGUAUCGUUCCAAGUGUGCAUAGGCCAAAAAAAAGUCGGGCAUUUGAAAAGGGUGUAUGUAUGCACACAGGUGGUUCUAUCAGCUUGCAAGAUCACGUCAUUCGCUUGUCAGAGGAGCUUGGUCAAUCUGUAUAUGUAGAUGACGUCUUUCAACAAACUCAUUUACGAAAGGAUACUGGUCAAUUUGUCAAUGAUAGAUCUAGGCAAACACAUGAAGAAUUCGAGGCUAGACUAUCUCAAGCUAGGUCUGAUACUACAUCAAGUGUUGGUGAAUCACAACUCACUCCUUUAGACCCUACUGAAGAACAAAGACUUAGGAGUCGGUGUUGGGUUGCUACCGCAGGACCAAAGUGUAAGGGACACCUUUAUGGUACUGGAGACCUUGUUCAUGCUUUCAAAUGUGAAAAUGAAAACUUCAUGCAACAUAUACAAGGAUUUUCCAGUGGUGCUAAAGAUGUUGCAGAGAUUAACUGACUAAGAGAGGAGUUGCGUCAAUCAAAGGAGGAGAUGUGUGUUUUUCAGUCCGUUGUCCUUCAAUUCCUACCUUCUGAAGUGUGAAACACUAUUCAUGAACAACAAAAACCUCACCAACAGAAUCAUGAACAGUAGGACCACCAACACCAGUAGGACCAGGCAAAUGAUCAGUAGCAGGACCAGGCAAAUGACCAACAACCAGAUCACCAGCACGAACAUGAUGACCAACAGAGCCACUCUACUGAUGAUUAUUUUGAUUAAUGAGUUAGCAACACAAAAUCACUAUUGGCAAUCGCCAUUUCUUUUACAUUUGUUUUAAAUUUAACUUAACGAUUUAUUUUAGUCUAUGUUUUGCAUUUAUCAA